UACAUAGGAAGACUCAGUGGCUCACUGUUUCUCUGACUUUGAUGCAUGCAAGUGGAGUGGAGCAUGGUGAAAAAUAAUCUCUGAUGUUAUAGGUAAACUCUUGCUGAUGUUUCAUCACUGCAACGAUUCCGCAUUUGGGUUUCUCUUGGAUUGAAAAAACUGUCUGAAUUUGAUGCAGCUAGGGAAUGAUGAUUUCAUCAUUUUAAGAGGAAUGAGGAACUAGGAUUAUUUUGAAGAAGGAGAAAGGGUCAUACUUUGAAGAUUUGUGAUCUCAUGGCUGAUUCUUCUUCCAAUUUUUCUUUGAGCCUAAUAAGACAAAGAAGCUUCUCAAUUUUCCACAGCUCUGGUUCUAGGAUAGGGAUUGCUGCUGCAAAAGGUUCACCAGAUUCCGAAUCCGUUUGGAGCCCCACAUCUCCUCUUGAUUUCAAACUCUUAAAUCUCAGCAACCCUUUCAGUGCCAAUUCUUCUAAACCAUUCCAAACAGGGCAUAAGAAGAAUCUAGAUUGCCGUAAAAUAGGCCUUGGCAUAGUAAGUUCCCUUGUUAAUGAAACCAAACUUAGUAGUGAGACUCAUGGUGACUCUAAGAGGGGAACCAUCAUUUUUGGACCACAGGUGAAGAAGACUAGCCUUCUUAAAUUCUCCAAGAACAACCAUGAAUCUAUUGCAUCUGAUUUGAAAUCUAAUUCCUUGCCAAAAAACUAUGUAGUAUCACUUCCUUCUGAAACCAAAAGUCCCAAAUCUGAAGAGGAAAGCUUUGAUGAUAUCAAUUGGGAUUCUGAAGGUUUUAGAACUACUGUGACUUCUUUGCCUGAUUCCUCUAGGUCUUCUCCAUUAAAAAACUUGAAUUCGCGAAACAAUGAUUUCUUUGAAGAAAAUACAGCUUCAGCAAUAAGUUUGCCUUCACCAUUGAAUAAUUCCUUAAAAAAUAUAUCAAGUUCACUUCCAAUAACCAUUGAUUUUAGCAAAGGACAUAUAGGCUCACUAUCUGCAAAAGAGAUAGAACUUUCUGAGGAUUAUACUUGUAUAAUUUCUCAUGGUCCAAACCCUAAGAGAACACACAUUUUUGGUGACUGCAUUUUGGAAUGUCACAACAAUGACUUCACUGAGUUCAGCAAGAAGGAAGAAACUGCUUUCAGAUCUUCUGGUCCUUCAUUUUCAGCAGGAUCAGCACCUCUUCCUUUUGACAAUGUUUUGAGCUUUUGUUACUCAUGUAACAAGAAAUUAGAUGAGGGGGAAGACAUUGACAUGUUCAGAGGUAAGAAAGCAUUUUGCUGUUUUAAGUGUAGAUCAGAGGAAAUUUUGGUGGAAGAGGAAAUGGAGAAAAAUUGUAGUAACUCAGUAGAGAGCUCUCCCGAAUCAAGUUACCAUGAUCUGUUCUUGAAGGGGCUGUUUGUGUCCAAAUAAUAACAUGCUUUAUUAUUUACCUUAUUGGAGACCUUGUCCAAGUUAUGAAAUUGUUGCAAAGGUUGAAGAUGUGGAUAAUGUUAUUUACAAGCUGCAACCUAUGUGGUUUGUGCUGUGGAAUGUGGAUGAUUGCUAGGCAAAUUUUGCAGUGUGCUGGUUGUCAUGAUUCAUGAACCAAUUUCAGUGUUCAGUGAAUAGGUAGAGGAGGCAGCAUUAUCCCUUGUAAUAACUCAAAACAGAUGUAUAUAUGUAUUGUAAAGAUGAGUUGAAAGAGGCCACUGGCCCUCGCUCAUCAGUUUUUUCUUUUGUUACCGAUGUCUUUUACCUUUGUUUGAACGGUUACCUCAUGCUGCAAAUGUGCCAUUCAGAUUUCUCUUAACUACUGUAGUUUGAAUAAUUGACUGAUUAGCCAGCAGCUAAAUUUGGAAUGAUAUGUUAAUGAUCUAUAUA